AUGUCCGAAAGAAGGAAUCAACUCUCACAGAUGCUCGACACGACUCUUCAGAAUUUCACAAAAGUAUUGACAGAGUCUAAAAAUUUUGCGAAAUUGGCUCGUCAUAGUAAGAUGAGUGUAGACCAGGUUGAAAUGAAUUCUGUAAUGAAACGAAUGAUACAAGCAACUCAAAUCAAGGUCCAGGAAAAAACGGGCAAGUUGAUCGAAGAAAACGGCAUUUGUGAGCGAUUUGACGAACUUGAAGUUCUGACAAAAGAGUCCGAAGAGUUAAACCAGAAAUUAGGAACAGAAGCCGGUUAUAAUUAUAUGAAGCCAAAACGUGACGUGGCGUUGUAUCUAUCCGACUCAACUGACAAAAUUCUGCACGAUGCAGAUAGGGAAAUCGAACGACUCGUGAAAGAACUCGAAAAAGAAGAGAAUGAUUUGGCUCACAGAAAGCAGGUUCUCAAAGAACUCUCAACUAUCAUCGAGUCACAGCAGGAAAACAUUAUUUCUUCUGUUAAAAAUUAA